AUGGAGGGCGAUAAUGAUAUCUCCACCGCCCUCAGUGGGCUCAAGCUGGAGAGCUCCCCAUCUCCAACUCCUCCCACUUCCCCAACCAUUCCACCUCCUCGACGUAUUGACACCUCUGCCAUGGACCAAGUCCAUAAGCGAGCCAUAGAGGCUCUCCAGCCAUUUAUCCAUCUCGCAAACUCCAACAGCGCGACCUCUCCCCGCUUUGUCGCUCAAAUCGUCACCAACGCGACCUCUCACCCAAACACUUAUGCCUUCGGCGAGCUCCUUGAAACCCCUACGAUCCAAUCCCUGCGUGCUCCUGACACACCAAAUGAGCACCAGGGUCACUUGAAGCUCCUGGAGAUUUUCGCUUGGGGAACCUGGCAAGAUUACCAAGGAACCCCCAACCUCCCAACUCUCAGCGCUGAACAAGCCAACAAACUCCGCCUCUUAACCCUCAUCACCUAUGCCACAAAGCCCAAGCCCCUCACCUAUGCCACCCUUCAAGCAGCGCUCGAUCUGGCAACUGCCGGUGAUCUCGAAGCACUCAUCACCACAGCAAUUUAUAACGGUCUCUUGGUUGCUCGUCUUUCUCCAUCCAUUACUCUGCCAUCCCUCAACGUGACAUCCGUCGCUCCACUCCGGGACCCGGCACCCGCCGUUCUUCCAGGCAUGGUGGCCAAAUUGUCAGCUUGGGAGGCGCGCUGUGGUGAGAUUGCUCGAGACCUAGAGGCCCAGACCCAAGCCGUCAAGGCCAAUACCAAGAAGCGCCAAGCUAAGGAGAAGGAGUUUGAGCAGCAAUUCAAGCAGAGAGUCAAUGAGCACCAGGCCGAGAGCCAAUCCCAGGGCGGAGCAAGUCGUUCUGGAAAAGGCAAGAAAGGCAAGGGCAAGGCGGCUGCCAAGAGAGAGGCGGAAGAUAUUGAGGAAGAUGAUGGCCUCGUCGAUGCCGGUGACGGAAUGGACAUUGACGAGGGCGCCGGAGCAGGGCGCAGCACUGGUGCGGGUGGAAAUCGCACGAAGAGAGUGCUUGGGGAACGUCAAAUUUGA